AAGCAGAAAGCACUUUCUCCGGCGAAAGAAAUGGCGACGAGUCUAGGGUUACGCCUCAAGGCGGCUACAUCGACGUUGAGGAGCGGAGCAGCUGCCAGUACUCUUUCCAGGCCUUUCUCGCUCGAAUUAGCGAAGAGAUGUCGCGGAUUCUGCUCUGAACCAGAGAACGACGUACCAACAUCAGGAAUCGGCAGACCUCUCGCCAAGAUCCUCAAGGAGCUCAACAAAAAGGUUCCGGAUUCCGCCAUCAAGACGCGUGUCGAAGAUGGGUUCGCCAUGAAAUACAUUCCUUGGCAUACUGUGAAUAGGAUAAUGAACCUGCAUGCUCCAGAAUGGUCUGGUGAAGUUCGGAGUGUCACUUACUCUCCUGAUGGUAACACCGUCACUGUUGCUUACCGUGUCACUCUCUACGGCACUGAUGCUGAGAUAUAUAGGGAAUCAACAGGGACCACUUCUGUAAAUGACAAAGGCUAUGGUGAUGCUGUGCAAAAGGCCGAAGCAAUGGCGUUUCGCCGUGCCUGUGCAAGACUUGGAUUAGGGCUUCAUCUCUAUCACGAAGAUGCUCUGUAAUAGCUCAACCAUGGAAACAAAUUCCAUGUUUUGGGUGUUCCCACUGCCUUAGUAGCAAUAGCCGUUGAAGGUAAAAACUUUAGGAAGGCAAGUUUUGUAUCUACAUUGAAAUCGGUUUAUGCGAUGAGCCUCGAAAUACUUAUAUGGCUCGAUGUUGCGUAUAUUUUAAGGUUGCGACUUAAACCUGUGUCAA